AUGUCACAACCCAAGCUCACGCUGCGGCCGCCCCCGCACCGCGAGUUCGUCCAGGGCUACCCGGGCAUCGCAGGCUCCUCGACUCGCUCGCCCGCCCACCUCGCCGGCAACGUCGAGGUCCGCCUCGGCACAAAGGGCCUCAAGGCCGCCUGGCUCCGCAUCGAGCUCCGCAAGCUAGAGACGCUCCCCGGCGGCGAGAGCUGGGGCGAGCUCAUCGGCAGGGGGCCCAUCGACGUAUGGACCGCCAGCAAGCAAGAGGCCUUCAAGAGCGAAGACGAGAGGGGCUGGGAAGUGCUCCAGACGGCCGACUUUCCCUUCCAGGUCGCCAUCCCAGAGGGGCUGCCCCCGAGCGCAAAGCUCGACAAGCAGGCCGGCGUCGCCUACGAGCUCGUCACCAGCCUCUGCCACGAGCUCCACUCGUCCUGGCCCGUCUACCACUAUCCCGACGAGCACGAGACCGCCCUUGACGGCAUCCGCGUCAAGCUCCACCGCAGCCAGACGUGCUACGGACCCGGCGACCAGGUCGACGUCCGCAUCCUCGUCUCGUCGGACAGCGUCUCGCCCGUCAAGCUCAAGAAUGUCUCGUUCAGCAUCCGCGAGACCAUCACCUUCCGCGGCGGCACGCGCAAGGCCUUUGGCUCCAAGAGCGCAGCCAGCCAAAAGACCGAGACCCUCGCGAGCAAGACCAAGCCCCUUGGCAAAAAGGUCUACAAGGGCGACAUCCACACCUUCGACCUCAGCUGCACCAUCCCCAAAUCCCACACCCUCAUGACCAUCCAGACGGCCAAGCACAUCGAGGUGGCCUACACGCUCCGCGUCCAGGUCGAGGCGGGCAAGAAACCCAUCAUCCUCGACCACCUCCCCAUCACCCUGUCCAACUUUGCCCGCACCGUCAGCGACGCCACCGUCGACAAGAUCGGCUUCGUCCCGGGCCUCUCGGUGCCCGCCGCCAACGCCGCAACCUCUGCCUCGGCCACCAGCCCAGACAUCGAGGGCGCGCCCACCAGCGACGGCGCCGAAUCCAUCUACUCGUCCGGCGGCCCCACCAUCACUCGCUCCCAGUCGUUCGCAAACUCGAGCUUCAACGCGCCCUACGCCGGCUAUCCGGCCUCUGACCUCCGGCGCAGGGACACAGUCAUGACCCAGGGCACCGCCGUCAGCGGACCGGGCAUGGCUGGCCGAGGCGUCCCAGGCCAGGUGUUUUCGUGGGGCCAGUACGGCGCAGCGCAGCCGUUUGGCAGCGAGGCGCCGAGGCCCGCGUUUGCCGGGCCGCCAAGCAUCUUUGAGGGACACGAGCUCGCUCCCGAGGAGAACCGCGCCCUCUUCCACGCGUCCAAUCGGCCCCAGAGCGCCCUCAUCCUCGGCAGUGGCGUCGACCCCGUCUUCUUGCCCGCCAACUCGCGGCCCAACAGCGGUGCGCGUCCCGGUCAGGCCGAGCGCCAGGUCACGACGAUACGCGAAGGCUCCGAAGAGAUGCAGGCCGGCGCCGCCUCUCUAGCGUACGACGGCGCCUCGCUCGGUCAGCCGCAACGCCAGCGCUCGCUCUCCAACCCGGGCGCGCCGACGUCUCAGCACGGGCCGAACCUGGUACGCCCUGACCCCGUGCGUGGUCCGAUCAACUCUGCCGAGGCGGAAAAGGAGCGGCUGUACGAGCGCGCGCGGCAACAGGCGGAGCGCAACCAGAGGCGCGCCGACGAGCGCCGCGCCCAGUACGGCCAAGGCACCAUCCCGCCCACGCUGGACCGCGAUGCCCAGACGUCUAUGUCGAACCUGGCACCCGCGCAGGGCCAGACGCUCAGCGUCGGUCCAUCUGCAGCCGAGGAGAAGGCGCGGCUGUUUGAGCGCGCCCGCGCAGAGGCCGAACGCUACCAGGCCUCGUUCUCGCAGGGCGCCCAGUUCCCGCCCGCAGCCGCCGCUGGCGGCAGCAGUCCCUUGGCCUCUCCGCACAACCUGGACGAUACCCGACGCGCGAGCGCCCAGUACUGGCUGCAGGAGGGAGCGGGUAGCGGAUCGGCGGCGGCGACUAAGGCUCCGCAAGCGUCAGCAGCUGCUGCAGGCUCGGCAUCCGCUUCAGGCUCGGCCGCCGGGCCAGCAACGACCGCGGCCACAGCCACGACGAGCGUAUCGGGUCGACCGGCGCCGUACCCGACCUACAUGUCGGCCGAGGAGGAAAAGCGAAGGCUGUACGAGCGAGCCAAGGCCGAGACCGAGGCGUUCCAGCGUGGCGAACUCCAAGAUCACCAACAGCCGCAGCAGCCCCAGCAGCGCCGAUCAGGCAGCUACACCGACCACGAGGCGUCCGGCUCGAUGUCGGGCCACCAGGCCGCCGCCUCGUCCGGCAGCACCUACACUGUGCCGCCGGGCGGAUGGCCGAGAGAGGCGCCCACGAUGUCGAUGUCGGAUUCACAGGCUGGUCAGGGUUCUUCGGCAGCGGCGUCGUCGGCGCCGCCCCUGCCUGCAGGCAGUGCAGUGGGCGAAAAGGAGCAGCUGCGGAGGUACUACGAGGCGCAGGACGCCGUGGCACGCCACCAGGCCACGGCCAACCCAGGAGGAGGCGCAUCUGGCAGCGCUGCCGGGGGAUCGGGUGCGUCCCCGUCGCAGCAGCACGGCUCGUCGAGCCAGGACCAUGCGGCCUUGUACGCCCCCGAGGUGGCGCAGGCCGUGGUCAACGCGACACCGCAGCAGCCUUGUGACACCUUCGGCUCGCCUCGUCGAGAGCCCGGCCAGGCGGCGCCGUACGGGGGCAGCAGUAAUGGGUCCGCUGGCGUUUACGCGUCGCCGCAGCAGCAGCAGCAGCAGCAGCAGCAGCCUCCUUCAUCAAGCGCCCAGUCGUACCUGACGGAGGCCGAGCAACAGAGCGCGCGGGAAAAGGAGAGGCUCGCCACUCAUUUCGCCAAGAAGGCCGCACGGGCCGAGGCGCGCGCCGCCGCGUCCGCGAACAGCAACGCUGCAUCCCCAGCGAUGCAACAGCAGCAGCAGCAUUAUCAGGCGCUGGGAUCCACGACGCCCACGCCAUCCUCGCCGCCGCCGCCGCCCCGUGCGCCAAGCGGGGGGUACGGCUCGUCUUCGGCGUCGCGCGACUGGCUCCCGCGCAUCGAGACGGGCCCUUUGCUGGCGGGAGGCAGCAGCAGCAGCAGCAGCGGUGGCGGCGGCGGCGGCGGGAUGUCGUCGUCUGCGGCGCAGUUCUACCCGCGUCCGCGGUCAGACGACACGAGCAGCAUCUACACUGAGGUCCUGCACGAUCCCGAGGUGCUGGCGGGCAAGAAGCGCGCGCCGCCCUCGAUCUUUUCGGCGUCAUCGACGCUACCCCCCGGAGCCGGCACGUACGGCAGCCCGUACACGUCGCGACCCUCGAGCGUCGUCUACCCCAUCGACCCGGCAUCGGCGUCGUCGACGAGGUGGAAGGCGCCACCCGCCCCGCUGCGGCGAGACGAUCCGGGCCUGUGGAGACCGAGGUACGCCUGGGUCGAUGAAGAUGACGUCGACGUCGACGUCGAGGAGGCCGCACGGACCGCCAAGCCCCCGCCGCCGCUGCCGCCCAAGAUUCCGCUCAGCCGGAACGCGUCCAGUGUCGCUUGA